UAUUUCCACGACUCUUUUCGGCUUCUUUGACGGACUAUGUGUCAUAGUGGAAUUGCUCGACUACGUGCCUCCCUAGAAACACCACGGCUGAACGUCCGCAAUAUGGUUUCGAACACUUUCGAUAUGCUCAAAACCCAUACUUUCGGUGAUUCCGCCCCCGAAUAUUCUGCAACAUAUGCGAUUACCUUUUUCUUUCUUUGUUGGGUGCUCAUAUUGAUUUCACGUCCUACAAGCUGUAUUCCAAUCCAUGGAUCUCACUGGUGGUUCGAGCCCACAUUUGUUCUUCAAACAAGGUUCAUACAUAAUGCCCGUGGCAUUAUAUCGAGUGGCUAUGCCAAGUUUAAGGAUAAACCGUUUGUUGUGCGCCGUUAUGACGUGGACAUCACAGUAUUGCCGCACAAGUAUCUCGGCGAAUUGCGUCUAAUCCCAUCGAGCAAGCUCAGUGGUGUAAGAGCCCAAAUUGAUAAUUUGGUCCAUCGAUGGACACAUACGACGCUUAUGAUGGAGUCCGAUCUUCAUUUUCGCGUGCUUCAAAAUAAGCUUACCGCGGAAUUGCCGAAGUAUCUCGAUAUGGCUAUAGAAGAGGCUGAAUAUGGAUGGGCUCUCGAUGUACCGCAAUCCGAGGAAUGGAUGGAAGUAGACAUACAGCAAAUGAUGCGCAAUCUUGUUGCACGAAUGACAUCCAGAAUCUUCUUAGGACUUCCCACUUGUCGAGAUUUAGAAUGGUUAGAACUGGCCAUCAAGUUUCCUGUCGAUACUUUUACAACAGCAUUCACCCUCCGCAGGUUUCCGCCAUGGUUGCAUGCGGUUAUUGCUCCUCUAAUUCCUGCUCGGUAUAGGUUGAGAAAUAGAAUGAAAAAGGCUCUGGACAUACUUUCACCUACAAUAGCUCAAUAUAGAAGAGAAAAGGUCCCUGGGUCGGACGGAGAACAUAUUAGCAAGGGCGAUACUCUCUUGGAAUGGAUGAUUGACCAUGCUAACGAGAAAGAACUUCAGCCAUUGGAAAUGUCAACCCGCCAGUGUAUCUUGACACUUGCAAGCAUUCAUACAACUUCUAUGACUGUGACUAAUGUCAUAUUGGACCUUUGUGCACAUCCCGAGUGGUUUCCAGUACUUCUCGAUGAAAUUUAUGUUACCACUGUGGAGCUGGGCAUUUUAGGCGCUGGAACAGGGGUAAAGGAAUGGUUGCCACGACUAGAAAAGCUAGACAGUUUCAUUGUCGAGUGUCAGAGAUUCAACCCACCUAUCCUCCUUGCACCUCAGAGAGUGGCCAUGGUGCCACUGAAGCUCCAUGAUGGGACGGAAAUUCCCAAGGGAAGCAGGAUCUCAUGGGCAGCGAACGAUCACCUGAAUGAUCCCUGUGUGACACCGGAUCCAAGCACAUUUGACCCCAUGAGGAGCUAUCGUAAGCGUCACUCAGAACUAGACCAAAGAAACAAGCACCUCGCCGGUCAGACUGACAUAAAUAACUUGACCUUCGGAUACGGGAAGCUAGCCUGCCCCGGAAGGGCUUUUGCAGUCGGUGAAAUUAAAGCUAUGUUGGUAAAGCUACUGAGUGAAUUUGAAUUCAGAUAUCCAGAGGGUAAAGCAAGACCGGAAAAUAUGUAUGUAGAUGAGAACGUAUUUCCUGAUCCCAGUGCCACGAUUAUGAUGAGGAAGAAAACCAAGUAAACUGGC